CGUCGAACCUCGGCUCGACCCUCCCACCACAACGACAUAGAGAGGUACGAGAACAUAUCAUAUACCUCCAUGCAAUGCUCACAACCCAACCGCACCUUCGCACACGGCGGCCCUCCCCGACAACGGUCGAAUACACCGUGUCGACGUCGCCCGACCUCACGCUCCCGCUCCGGCUCCUGCUCCUCACCAACUUCGUCCUCCGCACCAUCAUCGGUCUGAGCGUGCUCCUACUCCUGUACUCCAAGUUCGCGCUCAGCAGCUUCUCCUCCCCAAUACCCACCUAUCCGCAGCCACCAGCCUUCUUCACGACCGACUACGUCUGGUUUCUCAUCCACAAGAUCACACCUUCGAAACCAGGUCUCCUGGCCGCGCGCCUCGCGUCGCAUAUCCCCCUCGUUGUCCUCCUUCCCUCGUCUCUGCUCAUCCUCUACACGAUCCUGUUGCGCAUUCAUACGACUGAGUCUCUACUGGUUCUUCGGGGCCUGGGUAUCCAGACCUCGACGAGCAGCGAGACGUACCUGAGCACGGCGACGACGAGAUUCAUACCUACGGACAAGAUCCAAGAUAUCCUGGUUAAUGAAGCGUUCAGGGGGUUCGAGGUGAGGUAUUAUCUGGUGGUUGUGGUAGAGGGAGAAGAGGAUGUGGUGGUUGUGUUCCCGAGGCUAUUGCCUAGGAGACAGAUUGUAGAGAGCGUUUGGAGGGGCGCGAGGGCUUGCUUGUAUGAGCCGCAUGGGGGGAAGGAUGGCGGGAAAGGGUGAUGAUCUAGGAAUGAAAUGCGUCACAUAACAAUUGUUCGGUGUCAGGUCAAAGCGGAGUCUGGAGUUUAGAGAGGCCUGCUUGAGGUUGAUGAAUAGGGGUCGGUUGUUGGCAUACAACAGGAAGUCCAAAAGCUUUUACUCAUCAUUGUACUUGUAAGAGCAUCUUCUUCAUAUGUUCAUCUUAAUAUUAUAACACUUCAAAUAAAUCGGCACAUCUAGGAGUAGGAGCC